AACCGUAGAUCAACAUGUGCAGGUUCUCUGGAGCCCCUUUUGGUCAGAGCAGCGAGAGGAGAAGUCGUGGAAAGGCCCCCAUGCUGGAUGAUGCGUCAGGCCGGUAGAUAUCAACUUGCAUACAGAAAGCUAGCUGAGCGGCACCCUUCAUUUCGCGAGAGGCAAGCCCUUCAGAGCCAUUUAAAAUAUACUAAAACAACUUCAGCAUUAUCUUGCAGGGCUGAAUGUCCAUGCUUGUUUACAAAAUCUUGUUGUGAUGUCAGGUCUGAGCGGACGGACCUGAUUGUUGAGAUCAGUCUACAGCCUUGGCAUUCCUUUCGGCCAGAUGGUGUCAUCCUGUUCAGCGAUAUCCUGACACCUCUUGCAGCCCUGGGCGUGCCCUUUGAAAUUGAUGAUCACAAGGGUCCCAUCAUAGAGAAUCCUAUAAGCACGAUUGAGCAGGUGAACCAGUUGCAUGAUUUGGACUUGGAACGCUUGCACUUUGUGGGUGAAUCAUUGACUCUCCUGCGACAAGAAACACAGGGUCAGGCUGCAGUGUUGGGGUUUGUGGGCAGCCCAUGGACCCUGGCAACGUACAUCAUAGAGGGGAAGAGCUCCAUCCACUAUAAGACCAUCAAAACGAUGCUGUACAAGGCGCCAGAGGUACUUGAUGCACUCUUGAGCCACUUGGCAGAUCAGAUCGCCACCUACAUUGGAUUCCAGAUCAGCUCUGGGGCCCACGCUGUGCAGCUCUUUGACUCCUGGGGCGGCCAGCUACCACCUCACCUUUGGGACAGGUGGUCGCGGCCGUACAUUGAGCGCAUCGUGCAGAGAGUGAAGGCAGAGCAUCCCAGCGUGCCCAUCACACUGUAUGCCAAUGGCAGUGGAGGGCUGCUGGAGCGUCUGGGCAGCACUGGUGUGGACGUGGUGGGCCUGGACUGGACCAUAGACAUGGCUGAUGCCAGGAGGCGGCUGGGCCCUGAUGUCUCAGUGCAGGGCAAUGUGGAUCCAGCGGUGUUGUUUGCGUCUGAGGAUGCCAUAGAGGCGGCAGUCAAGGACUGCAUUGCAAAGGCGGGGCAGAAGGGGCACAUCUUGAAUCUUGGCCAUGGAGUUCUUGUGGGCACGCCGGAGGAGAGCGUGGCACACAUGUUCAACCUGUCCAAGUCCUUGGUAUACACAUGA